AGAGUGUAAACAAAUAUAUCACUUUUUUCAUAUCAUCAUCUGGAGUAACUCACGCAGUUCUUUUGCCGUUAACACUCAGCAUCCUAAUCUGAUCGCUUCACGCUGCCCGGUCAGAGAAGACACUCAGUUCAUAACAGAUCGCCGGUUCGAUCGCAAACGAAGAGAUCGAUCCCUUCGCAAAAUUUACGAUUUUUUCAAAGUACCUAUAGAUUUUGCACAACAGAAAGCAAAAACGUGCACUAAACUACGCUGCAAGUGUUGAUGCUAUGUGUAGAGCAUAGACGGUCUCAAAGCCACGCACAACUGAAACAAACGUAGUGCUGUAUGUUGCAAAACGCGGAAGAUAAAAUUCUUCAAACGUAGGUCGUAGGCAUCGCAAUUGGGAAAUACGACAAAACAGCGAGCUUUAAGCGAUACACAGUUCAGUUCAAGAAAGAACUGAACUUUUUUUGAGCGUUUUCGGCGGCUUGACACGUGAAAAUUGUGUAAAAGAUAGCAAGAAGGGUAGACAGUGUGGCGAGCAACGCAGUGAAGUGAUAAAAAGAUGGUGGUCGUUGGACUUUAAGCUACUACUACUACCACUACUGCAAAGUGAUUGAGUGACUGACUGCGUACUAUGCUACAAACGGACAGACUGCUGCUAGUAAAGAGCGCAUUCAUGGAAAGGAUUUGGUGAGGAAGCGACUGAACAUUCCAAGUGUAACCAGCCAGUUUUGAAGACUUUGACCACGUUUUGAUGGACACCUGAUGCUACCUAGCGCAACGACAGACCACAACAGACAUCACUAACUCACAUCGUGAAUAUUGUGGCACAAAGCAUUAAGCAAAUCCCCCUGAUUUAGGGGGAAACCGUUCUACUAGCUUGCCCGAUUUAGCAUUUCCCCAUUCCAACGAAGGUACUGGACUGUCGGGUUUCAACUCCCAUCCCCAUCGCAUUGAGCUCCGUUCGUAAAGAUCAAACUACGAGACCUUCGCUACCGAACCGGAAUAUUGUGUACAAUAUGAUGGCAUCCUGUUCAUCGUUUAACAAGCACAUCUUUCUCAAUGGGGGACCGCCAAGUGAGACGACAAGCGAGAUUUCGUCGGUGGAGAGUGAUUGGGGCGAUCUGCGACUGAUAGCGGCGCAGCUGGGUGUUGCCAAUCCGGACGAUCUGCACGUCGAGCGCUUCAAGGUGGACCGCCAAAAGCUGGAGGAUAUGAUAAAGGUGGAAACAUAUUCAGAGGGAAUGAAUAGUGCAGAGGAGUUCUUCACGAACAUCAUGAAGGAAACCACCACCUAUGUCAGCUGGCCUUGCCGCUUGAAGAUUGGCGCAAAGACGAAAAAGGAUCCUCACAUCCGGAUCGUUGGCAAGAUGACGGAUGUUCUGCGAGCAAAGGAUAAAGUUAUGUCCCGACUUGACUCCAGGGGUAGCCGCGUGAUCAUGAAGAUGGACGUAUCGUAUACGGAUCAUUCGUUCAUUAUUGGCCGCGGUGGCAACAACAUCAAGAGAAUAAUGGAAGAAACGACAACCCACAUCCACUUCCCGGACUCGAACCGUUCGAAUCCGACCGAGAAGAGCAAUCAGGUGUCGAUGUGCGGCAGCAUCGAGGGUGUGGAACGGGCGAGAUCAUUAGUUCGGAACUCGACACCGCUGCUGAUCUCUUUUGAGCUGCCGAUACUGGCGCACGGAAAAACGCCACCGGACAACGAUACGCCGUUCGUGAAGGAGGUCGAGGCAGAGUUUAGCGUGCAGGUCAUCUUCUCCACCAGACCGAAACUCCAUUCGUCGCUGGUGCUUGUGAAAGGUUCGGAGAAGGAGGAGUGUAUGGUGAAGGAAGCUACCCGGCGCUUGAUGGAUUUGAUGUGUGAAAAUAUGGCGAGUCAAAUACCAGUGCAGAUGCAACUAGAAAUCUCAACCCAGCAUCAUCCGAUCGUGCUCGGACGGGCAUCGAGCAAUUUGCGGGAAAUUAUGAACCGAACCGGUACACAGAUAAUGUUCCCGGAUGCAAACGAUGUGAACAUCAAGCCAAUCAAGCGCUCCCAGGUGACCAUAACUGGUUCCAUCAACGGUGUCUACCUGGCAAGGCAGCAAUUAAUUGGAAGUUUACCGAUCGCACUCAUAUUCGAUUAUCCGGAAAACACGGUCGAUUCGGACGAAAUUACCAAGCUCAUGUUAACGCACGACGUGUUCAUAUCAGUGCGCCAGAAAUCCCGCCAAAGUACACUUUGCAUCGUGAUCAAGGGCAUUGAAAAGUUUAUCGCAAACAUCUACGAGGCGCGUCAUCAGCUGUUGAAGAGUACGGGACCACGCGUUGUGGCCGAAAUACCGCGCACGUACUUCGGCCCAAACGAGCAUCCGCAGCAAACGACGCAGAACAUAUCGGCACUGCUGGCGGGACCGAUUGCACCGCCGUUCUCACCGCUGUCACCCAUCAAUACGCUAUCUUUCGUCGGCUGGCCUUCGCCGUCUUCGGCGGCCGCUGCUGCUGCUUUGCCUACGGCGGACUACGCAUUCAACCAUAUGCGAGGCCAGUUCCAGAACUUUCACAUGCACGGUUCAGCGAAGUUACCGACGUCCCAUCACCAACUCUUGCCGCUGUCGCUUCCUCCGGGACUUGAUCGUACUAUUGCUGGGAGCUCUGCUGGGAAGCUGUCCCAUCUUUCUAGCCCACAUCUGCUGUCUAUUCCGCCGGGACAUGGGGGCGGUGGUGGAGGAUCGUUCCUACAAAGUUCCCAGCAUCACCAGCAGCCAGUUCAUCAUCAACAUCAGCUUUCGAGCCUUUCGCACCAUCAACGCAACCAGCAGCAACCCGUGCAUUCUAAUGGGAACUGUUCGACGUCCACCAGUCUCACAACCAGCCUGACAGUCAGUCAAAACAGUAGCCAUAACGACAUUCACUCGAGCGGAUACCAGAGCUUGAACUGCUCCAGUAACUCACUGGAUCAGCAGUACCAGAGCAACUCGUCGACGGCUGGCUCGGUGUCGCAGGUAUCCUCAAACUCGAUCCUUAACAGCUCGCCCGAUCAUAGGGCUCCGGGCGUGUCCGGAUCGAGUGGAUUGAACCGUUGUCGUCUUUCUGUUUGCACACCCGAAAGCCCCCACUAUCAGUCGGAUUUGGAGCAACGAACGCCUCUAGCGUUUGAACAGAAGAGCUCCCUAAACGACGCAUUCCUGUUCAAUCUUGACCCUCGAGUGGUGGCCGGUUACAAGGCGAUGCAUAUGUCGCCGCAGCAGGGAGAAAUCCGAACACCGACACUGUCCUGGCAGGGUUUAGGAUUAAGCCAAUCAUCUCCCGCCCCACUGGAAGCGUGUGAUCUAAGCUGGGCCAACACUAGCAGCUCGAGCAGUGCGGGUGGUGGUAGUGGCGGUUGUGCAAACACCAGCACGAGCAGUUCCAGCAGUGGGGCAACUGAUUCGCGCCACAACAUGACGACCACAAUGAUCGAGGUGACUCCGCGACAUCGGCGCGAACAAAUGUCCCAGUACAACGACGUCACGACCAUACUCACCGGCUUGGGGUUGGAGCAUUACAUCAAGAACUUUAUCAACGGUGAAAUCGAUAUGACCGUCUUCCAGACGCUCACCGAUCAGGAUCUACUCAAUCUGGACAUUAAGCCGCUCGGUGCAAGGCGUCGCAUACUGAUGGCUAUACAUGAUUUGAGCGCUCGACAGGGUAGCGCACUGUUUGGAUCUUCGGCACUGUCCCCAUCGGCUCUACCAUCGCCACUAUCACGAUUCUCCGGUUCAGCAGCUCCCGGUGCAGAGCGACGUAGCUCCAGUGGUCAGUAAGGGAUAGUGUGGGGUGCUGUGCUAUGCGAGAUCACGACGAUGUUUACUGGUGGAGUUCGGAGUGCUGCCUCCGGACACCAAUUUGCUUUGGAUGAUCCCAGAUGUGCAGACACGAGGAAGAAAUAAUUAAUUAAACACACGUUUAAUUAAUAGUUUUCUUACAACAUCACUAACUGGUAAGGCUCUCGGUAGUAAUUCUAUAUCGAUUGUUCUUGGAGUAGUAGUUCGUGUGGCGAACCCGGGGAAAGAUUUGUUUCUCGAAUGUCUUACGAGCCACUGAACAAAGCGCUUGCCAAUUGGUUAGAAAUCGCCCGGCAUCUCACGUUGCACGGCACAUGACAUCGCCAUGGUCCAACUGUCACAUCUGUGUCCGAUCAGUGGAUGUGAAAAUUACGCUCCUAACCGCACCAAAAGAGUAUUGAAAAGAACCGAACAAAAACCAAGAGCAGUGUACAGCAUAGAGAUAAAAGGCUUCGGAAGGAAAUGGAAGACAGCUGCACCGGUGCAAUGGUCGGUUUGGUUCGAUACGACUACUGGCGGAUGGAUGCCGUGGUGGUGGUUUGAAAUAAGAAGCUACUAGCCUUCCAA